AUGGCUUCCUCCAACAGACACUGGCCUAGCUUGUUCAAGUCCAAGCCCUGCAACUCUCACCUCCAAUGGCCGCACGACAUCAACUCAUCAUCUCUCCUAUCAAGUGCAUGCCAGAAGACUCCCUACCCUUCAGGUAACCAUCAUCCCCAGAACACCACCCUCCCUUUAUUUUUGUGCCCUCUACCACUCUCUGUGCUUUCUAGGGUUUCGACCUCCCCAGUGGUAUCGCCACUGCCAAAAUCCGAAGGCCAAAGUCAUCUGCUUUGGCUCAUCAUAGAUUUCCUCCACUACUGUGUUGGCUUCCCAGGACCAUGCAUAUUCCUAAGGGAGUUCCUGGAUGACUACUGAAAUCUCCCUCGUGGUGUUGAUUUGCAGUGGAGAAAAAUAAUAAGAGGAUUCUGUGAAUAGUCGAUCUAGAUAGUUACGUCGCCAUCAGAAUUUCUUACGGUUCCCACCCAAAUCUUUGAUUCCUUUUAUAGUAAUUAUUUACGAAGUUCUCUCCUCUCAACAGUACCCCCCUGCGAGGAGAGAAGCCCCGAGCCAAAACCUCGGUGGAAUCCAAAGCCAGAGCAGAUACGAAUCCUCGAAGCCAUUUUCAACUCCGGGAUGGUUAAUCCUCCGCGAGAAGAGAUCAGGAAGAUCCGUAGCCAGCUGCAAGAGUACGGCCAAGUGGGAGACGCCAACGUCUUCUACUGGUUCCAGAACCGGAAGUCGCGAAGCAAGCACAAGCAGCGUCAUCUGCAGGCCAGCAGGCCGCACUCCCGCUUUACCAACACUACUCCGGCCGCCACGGCAUCCGCAGGAAGCUCAUCUUCUUCGUCCUCCUCAGAACGAUCCACUGGUUCCGAUAAGACGCUGCUGUCGCCGACGAUUGGCGGAACGAGCGCUACGACCGAUACGUCUAACUCUCCGAUGCCUCCCGUUCCCCAGACGUUUUUCCAGGCCAACGGGGAUUUCUAUGACGAGCCCCUCUUCCUCCACGGUCUGCCUGAGUACUGCUUCUCGACCGCCGAUUUCGCUUGUCUUGUCGGUGUCCCCGAUGGUGGCCUGGGGCUCUGCCACGGUCUGUUCACUGAUCUGAUGAACCAUGAGAGGUGCAACAAGGGGGGAGACGAAGAGGCGAUGGUGAAGAUGCACUUGCACCAUAGCCACGCUUUGGCCGCUGCUUCUGCUGCUCCUACCUGUGCAACAACUGCCGAAGUUGCUUCUGCUGCCACCGCCAAGAUUAUUGCAGCUACUGGCUCGUCGACAGCCGACACCAUGACCGACAUUAUACACGGUAUGCAGAUCAUCGCCAGUCACCUCAUUUUUUCUCUUAAUCAUUUACGUGGUGAUGUUCCCAGACGUUAACUCAAGCUUUUCUUUGGUGACGUGACGUGAAUGAUGUCAUUAGUUGCCCCAUGGAUGGGCCGUGAAGAGAGAGAGAGAGUCUUAACAUAGGGGAUUGUACCGUAGAUUGGACUCCCGUCAUGUCCCCAAGUCACCAAUAUGCCUUCUUCCUCUGUGAUGUGUACGCCUGAGAUGGCGAUGGAAGAAAUAGUAGGGUUUGCCAAUCUAGUGUCUUGCGGCAGAGGGGACGUGUGCAUGGAAGUGAAGGCUCAUCGGUGCCCUAGAGCACGUAACCUCGUCCGCAUCCUUUGGUCAUCCUCCUUCAGUCUACGUCAUUUUCUUUGACUCGGAGUCAAACGUUCAUGUCCAGGGAUCGGAACAUGCGCCCCCAGGUCAACGGUGUUCAUCAAUGGCGUCGCCUUCGAUGUGGGGACGGGCCCGGUCAAUCUGCGAGAAGCGUUCGGGGAGCACGCCGUCCUCCUCCAAACCUCCGGCCACCCGGUUCUCGUCGACGAUUGGGGCGUCACCCUCCACCCCCUCCAGCACGGAGCUUCUUACUACCUGGUCUCUCUCUCUCUCUCUCUCUCUCUCUCUCUCUCUCACGCGCAGAACACACAGCAGAAACUUCUAGUCUUUCAUUAACAUACGCAACCUUUCAAAGUAAUUUAAAGCAGCUAGAACCUACGUCUGCAUGAUACAGUGGUGCUCAAACAGAAAAUUCGACUGUUUUCUGGCCGCAGAAAGGGAUAAGUUACACUCGCGUUAGGGUUCUUGAGUGAGAAAUCUCCUGGAACUCACCUCCCGAAACUUUACUAUGCGAUUCCAGCUCCUCUAAUUUAUCUUCCUUGAUGCAGAUUUAGGCGGCAGCAGAUUCAGUCUACCAGCCCCCUCCUCCUCGGUCGAAGGCCGCUUCCGCGGUUCCGGCAUUUCUCGCUUACCGCCUCCUCAAGCAGCUCUACGGCCUCGCACCCUUCAUAAGUAUUAGUGGAUAAGCGGUUCUUGGUUAGGCCUCAAGGCCUUAUGUGAUCCCCUAGGUUUGCUCACUGCUGCAAGGCUAUCUAUAUAUAAAUAUUAAUGUUGGAAAGCAUGUUAUGGCGUGCUGCCUCGCCGCUUUGUGUACACAGACUGUAUGAGACCUCGGUACUCUGGGUUUCUUAUCCCUAACUGUGGAAUCCGUUCCAGCGAAAUCCCAGUUCGCAUCUGCGCACCAUUCAUGCGGUUGACGAUCAUCCAUCUGCGGAUGGCACCUCAGUUUGAUGGAGAGCCAUCGGAGGAAUGAAUCCUGCAGAAUGAGGAAAUAGAGCCGAGAAGGCUGAGAGGACCCUGCAAACGGCGAGCUUGCACACGGCGGCGCGGGUGUUGCGCGGGGGAUGGGUGGGGGGCGUCUCUAGAGAUAACAGGAAAGCACCGUUGGUCCGACGCCGGCGAUGCGCCUCCGGCGAUGGACCGAGGAGGAUCGAGCAGUCGGGGUAACUCCAGAGAUAGAAGAUAUCUGGACAGCGCCGCUGGUGCGUGGUUUGAAUGUUCUGAGAAUGGGCUUUAUAUUAUGGGCCAUCUCGCUCUUACGUGGCGCCCCGUGUCCACGUCUGCUUGCCAGACGGACCGUUGGAGCGUGGACCAGGUAAAGAAAGGACAAGACACCCGCAACCGCAGCGUUCUUAAACAGUGCCUGCGGAACAACUCGAACCUUAACGGCUCCUUCCCCUUUCCUCCGUUUGCCACCAUCUCCUCUCUCUCUCUCUCUCUCUCUCUCUCCUCUGUCUCACUCGUGAUCGGUCCGGCUCUCCGCUCCUCUUUCCUCGUAAGGUAUCCGGACGAGGAGAUCACCUCCAAGAUCUGCGCUCAUUUCUCCCUCUAUCAGGUUGUGUAA